UGUUGGUCAAUUGAUUGUGAAUUUUGUGAUAAUGACGAUGAUGAUGUUAGGGGCAAAGUCCAGUCUUUCCUUGAAAACUUUGCCUCCAACAUUAAUCCACCCUCUCCUUUCUCUCUCCUUAGUACCCAUCUCUUCUAUUUCCGCCCAACAUCAAUUUUGCUUCUCAGAACAGCGAAGAAAGGUAAAAUUGCAAGUGAGAAAUUGUGUUUCUAGCAUUGAGCAACAGCUAAUUAUGGCGUUGGAUGACAAAGAAGGAGAUAUUAGUGAAGUGAAUAAGAAUCUGUAUCCUCAGUUAGAGCCUUACAGUUCUGGGUUUUUAAAGGUCUCAGAUAUUCACUCUAUUUACUGGGAGCAAUCUGGGAACCCAAAUGGACAUCCAGUAGUAUUUCUUCACGGUGGUCCAGGCGGUGGAACUUCUCCCAGCAAUAGAAAAUUUUUUGAUCCUGAUUUUUACAGAAUCAUCCUCUUUGAUCAGAGAGGUGCUGGCAAGAGCACACCUCAUGCUUGUCUGGAGGAAAAUACAACAUGGGAUCUCAUAGCAGACAUAGAAAAGCUACGCGAGCACUUGGAAGUUCCUGAAUGGCAGGUGUUUGGUGGCUCAUGGGGAAGUACUCUGGCUCUUGCAUACAGUCAGUCACACCCCGACAAGGUUACUGGCCUGGUCCUAAGAGGGAUCUUUCUUUUGCGCAAAAAAGAGAUUGAUUGGUUCUAUGAAGGGGGUGCCGCUGCUAUAUUCCCUGAUGCUUGGGAACCGUUUAGAGAUCUAAUUCCUGAGAGUGAAAGGGGAUGCUUUCUCGAGGCUUACCACAAGAGGUUAAAUUCUGAUGAUAAGGAGACACAGCUGGCGGCUGCAAAAGCAUGGACCACAUGGGAGAUGAUGACAGCCCAUCUUAUUCCUAAUGAAGAUAACAUCAAGCGAGGGGAUGAUGAUAAUUUUUCGCUGGCAUUCGCUCGUGUAGAAAACCAUUACUUCAUGAAUAAAGGUUUCUUACCUUCCGAUUCAUUCCUGCUUGAUAACAUCGACAAAAUAAGGCACAUUAAGUGCACUAUUGUGCAGGGUAGGUAUGAUGUUGUCUGCCCAAUGAUGUCAGCAUGGGAUCUCCAUAAAGCUUGGCCAGAAGCUGAUUUCAAGGUGGUUCUUAAUGCGGGUCAUUCAGCCAAUGAACCUGGAAUAUCUGCUGAACUUGUGGCCGCAAAUGAGAUGCUGAAGAGGCAUUAUCAGGGAAAAUAGGCAUUAUCGGAGGAAAAAAUGAUGAAAGUAGUAGAUCAAGAAGGAGGUUCGCCAUUACCGAAACCGAAUCGAAGAAUUUGUGCUCGUCUACACAUCAUCGCUAGAAUUUUGAGAGAGCACAUCUCAGUUUGUUGUAUUUAAAGUAUUUUAAGUUUAUUUUUAUUUAAAAUUGAAGAUGUUUGUUGUGUUUGGAGAAAUUAACGUUUGUAUUUUGCCGAAAUAUCGUUUUCAGUUCGCGAAUUUGAUCAGUGACUUCGCGAUUUUAAAUAGUAACUAUGUGAUUUUUAAAGUUUCUAUUCGAUUUUAACUAUAACUAUAUGGUACAUACUGACUAUUAAUACAAUGUUUGCUCACUGUAUGUUAUAAUGA